GCUCAGCAGGUCCAAGUAAAAACACUAGACGUAACGCAAACCAGUAGCCGAGUAGGCCUAGAUCUAGAAUCUAGUCUACAUCUAGAUUAUUGAUAAUAUAGAUCUAGAUAUUAGAGAUAGAUCUUAAUCUAAUCAUUAGAGCUUGAUCUAUAAAGUUACAAGUCGCUGUACGGGAUCUAGAUCUAGAUCCUAGAUCUAUUAUAGUAAAUAAAUGGCCUCUUCAAUGCCACCAUCAUGGGGAUCUCCUGCAUCUGGGGCACCCAGUUCACUCCAGAGCAGUCCUAUAGGCAACAAUUCACAAGAACGUACUCAAAAUUCCAUGCGUGGCCAUAGGCAAAAUCCCUACACACAUAACAGAGGCAGAAACUUCAGUCCCAACCACAUCAGUCAAGACAGGUCUCAGAAUGACAGCACGACAAAGACUUUCCCAAAACCCUGUCAAAACUUUAGCCAGGGAAACCCAUUUCAGGACAGUGGGAAAAAAUUCAGCAAUAAUAAUCCAUUCCAGAAUGUAGGAUCCAGUUUUAGUCCCAACAGUGGUUCACAGGGCAGGGGACAGUUUACUAGCCCAAGCAGUAUUUCACAGGGCAGAGGGCAGUUCACUAGCCCAAACAGUUUUUCACAGGGCAGAGGGCAGUUUACUAGCCCAAACCAGCAGAGAUCUCACUUUCAGUCCCCUGCUAACUACAGCCCUCACACUCCAGCCAGAGGGUACCAGAGCUCCCCUGCAACUGGAUUCCAGAAUGAAUUUGCUAGACCAAAUUCACGAAGGCAAAAGAGUAUGAACAACAUCCAAGAUUACAUUUCUUCAAGUAUGUUGGAUGAUCCAUGGAAAAAUUUACCAGCUACCCCCAUUGUACAGUCUUAUUAAUGUCUUUUUAUGAUUGUGUGAGAAAAAAGUUGUACAUUAAUAUUUUCCUUUAAAAUGUCAAUGUAUGUUUUGGAACAAAAUCUAAUUUCUUGUGAAUUAGCAUGGUAGUCUGUACUAGUAGUAAGUGCUAUAUUUUAGCAUUCACAUACAUUUAUUUUGUAUGCUUACUACCUAGUAUUUUAACUUUGGUGAGAUUUCAACAAGAGGAUGAUUAGUUAACUUAACUAAGCAAGUUGUUUUUUUGAAAUUUACAGUGUUUUGUUACCUGUAGAUAUGUAGAUAUUCAAAUAAAAAUGACUUUUCACAUGUACUC